GGGAGUUGUGGUUCUGCAGCGGUUGGGGGUUCACAGCUUGAAGACCACUGCUAUAGAGGGUGCAAAUGUAUCUGAGCCCUGGAACUCAAAUAAUGUGAAAUAUGAGAUGAUCAAAAUGGAGCCCCUGCACUAAUUACUUGGGUUCUGAGGUCUGUAAGGUCCAUAGUAAAAACAUCAGGUUCUGUCUAUAGCAGAUACUAAAUCAUGGCAGCUCAAAGAAACAAGCAGUCAUUCUGACAUGUCACAUGUGAUGUCAUAGACAGCUGGAGGCCUGACAUCCCACUGACAGCCGCCCGAGCCUUCAGUCUGUUCCUGUGCGAUUAGUGAGAAUAGUGAGAUUAGCGUCUUCUUUUUCUACUUGUCUGAAAUGGAGCUAAAAGGACUGGGGUUCGUCCCCCUCCUGUUGGCGUUUUGGUGUGCGGCCUGGCUUGCCACCAGCUACAUCAUGACGGUCGUCCUCGGCCAUGCAGCCUCGCCACUGAUGAGCAUCAGUGACGUGGGAAAUGUCUUUCCCGAAAGCAUAUUAUUCAGAAUUGGAUUCAUAGGGACGUCCAUUGGCACUUUGGUACUAACCUUUCUUAUUUAUAAGUAUAUGGUUAUGCAUACUGAAGAGUUCAGGGGUCAUCAGGUCCUGAUCCAGAGGAUCCUGCUGGCCAUUGUGUGGGCCUCCUGUUUUUCCACAGCUGUUAUGCAUGUAUUGUCCCCCGAAGAAUAUCCCAGGAUACACUUUGUCAGCACGAUAAUUUCCAUUACAUGUGAAGCCUUAUACUACCUUGGGCAGUCCAUCCAGAUGUAUAAAUUACCAGGAGCAAAAAAAGUCAUCCACCAUAGUAGAUGCACCUGCUGUGGCCUGACUUUUGUCUGUGUAGUUUUCUAUUUUGGAUAUGAAACAUUAAAGGAAUUAUUCCAUAAUGAUGAAGACUGGGACGAGAUCCGUGAAAUCCCCAUCAUAAUCAUCGAGUGGGUGAUGCUUCUACUGAUCCUGAUAAACAUCGUGACCUAUUAUUCCACCAUGCAGAGGUUAUUGUUGACCGUCUCCAGAAACAGCUGCACACUCUCUCUUAGAGUAAAAAUUGAUGACUUCGGGGUGUAGACCACCACGGGGGCCAUCAAGUGGACUUCUGGGAGAGAUACUGCACAGGACACGGAAAACAUCUAAAGAAG